AUGGGCUUGCCUUUACCAAUGAAUAACUUGCACGCUCCAACGGUGCCUUCUGGGCCUACAAGUGCGCCUACGACCAACGGGACCAGCAGCCAUCUGAGCUUCACGGAGCUCCAGCAAAAGAAGGACAAUGUGGAAGCUGAGCUGAAGGCCCUUGGCGCCGUCCUCGAUUCGCAUGCGGUUGACAUGAACACGCCUCUUCUCACACGAGAUGGAUUCCCGCGCUCCGAUCUCGAUGUUGCCCAGAUUCGAACCACAAGGGCGCGAAUUAUCCGUCUUAAGAAUGACUACAAGGAGAUUAUGGCCAACGUCGAAAAAUUCCUGCACGAGCAUUUUGCAAGCGCGGCGGAGGGCACACAGACAAACACGCCAGCAAUAGCUGGUGCAUCUGGGAUAUUGCCCGACAGCGAUUCCCAGCAACUUGACCAGCCAUUUGCAAAGGUCAACAGUGUUGCAGCCAACAGCCCUGCAGAGCUGGCAGGCCUCAAGGCGGGCGAUGAGAUUCGCAACUUUGGCUAUGUCAACCGAGCCAAUCACGAUGGGCUCAAGAAGGUAGCGGAAUGUGUUCAAGGAAACGAAGGAAGCAACAUUUUCAUUAAAGUGUCACGACCCUCUGGUGUUACCUCGCGGGAGGAACUGCGCUUGACACUCACACCGAGACGAGACUGGGGCGGACGAGGCAUGUUGGGCUGCCACAUUACGCCGAUGUGA